AUGUCGAAAAAUUUAGUAAAAUUGCCUAAAGUUAAACUAAUUAAAAGCUUUUCAUCAUCGAGAACCCCCAGCGCUACUAGUUCUCUAUAUUCUGGCAGCGUGAAUGCGCAACGUGGUCUACAGAAAUCAGGAUCAUUACAUCCUCUUCGUUCUACUCAACAGCAACAAGCAGAUGACCGCAUUAUUUCUGAGGAACCCGAAACUUCCUAUCAAACAAUUGAAUAUCAUCCAUGGAAACCGGAAUAUAAUCAAAUUGUUACUCGAGAAAAAAUUAAAAAAUCCAUGACGAAAGAUCCUUAUUUACCACAAAGAAAAAUGAUUGCUCAUGCACAAGAGAGUACUAUGGCAAAAGAGAAGUGUUUUCCUGAAUUAUUACCAGCUGAAGCGGUUCAUAUUGCAACUCCAAAUGUGCAAGAACCUGCAAAACUGUCACUACCUAGAGUUGUUCGUUACUUACGAAGCCGUGAACUAUUACCAUCUGAACAAGUACGAUCACGAACUAUGAUGAAACAACCUACAACAUCUCUAUCCCAAUAUGGAACAAAACAAUCGAUGUCCACUAUUCCGACCAGUAAAAGAAAUAGUCACGUGCCUAUUUUAUCAAGACAUGAACGACUACUAAAUAGAUCUAAGAUGCUAACUGAUGCAUCUGUUAUUCGGCGGCCACCGCGAAGAUUAGUUAUAAAUAUUAAUCGUGAAGCGAUUGUUCCACUAUCAAUAUAUACAUAA